AUGUCACCGGAUGCAGAGAUCACGUUCGAAUCUGAUGGGGAUGAUAAUUCUGAGGGCUCUAACGAGUUUAUACGUUUUAAUCCUCUGCCCUCAAGAGGGAUAAAAGCUAGGCACCAACGGAAGCUAUCAACUCAAGACCUCUUGGACGGUCAUAAGUUAUCAAUGGACCAAAUAUAUACUGGUCGACCAAAAAAUACAAUUCCUUCAUUGGCAUAUUACUCAGAAAUUUCUGAGACCAAUGGUUUUGACCUCGAACCUUCAACUGAUGCAGGACAAAAGCUCUUCAAACAAAUCGAGAGUGAGGCUGUUAUAAACCGUUCUAUAGGGUCUGUAUCAGUGACUUCUUUCAUUGGUUCUGAAUGUUAUAGAACUGACGUACUGCCUGGUGACAUGGUAGAAGUGUGCUCUAGAGAUGGACAUACGACCUUUGGCAUGAUCCUAGCUGUAGACGAUUCGGCAACAAUGGCCGAUGUUCUAUCAGUUGACGGGGCAUAUUUCAGGUUGUCCCUUAAAUGUUCGUCACACUCAUUGUCCAGCAAAUUAACUUUGAUUCUGCGUGGGUUAAUUACCCCUAGUAAAUUGUCUCAGUAUACUAGCAUUCCAGAAUCAAAAGAUAUUUAUAUGCAUUUUAUGAAUAUUGUUAUCAAGGAUGCAUUGGCUCUUGUGCCUUUACUUUCUCCCUAUUUACAGCCAGUUUAUGCAUAUCUAGCUCAACCAGAUACUUUGCAAGCAACCAAUCUGGAAUAUAUCACGCGUAACAUGAUAUCAGCCAGUCGAAAUGCCUUAGAACGAAAAGUGAAUCCAUCGCCAAUAUCUCAGAUAUCAUUAAGACUUGCGACUUAUCUUAGCGCAUGUGGAAACAAUUUACGAUUUGCGCGGUUAUCGGUAGAUUCACCGGUAGUUGCAGUCUCAGAAAGGGCAUUCGAUGCGAUUGUUAAGAUUAUGCACUACCUCACUGACCAGGAAUUAAGCUCGUAUAUCAAUGCAUUCAAGGAGCUUCUCUUAACUCCUGUCAAACCUAAUCUCUCUCAACAUACUGAUAGCAUGCCAACGCCAAGCGGCCUGUCUCCUAUAAUAACAUUCUUGCAAUCAUACGUAAUCUCCCCCGAUCCACGCCUUUCUGAUGCCGUUCGAUCAAUUCUCUCCAAAUUGUACCGUGAACGAGAUUCUGAAAUUUGGUUAAGUUCGCCCUCUAGUGUUCAUAAAUUGCUGAGUGAAGCCGGUGCGUCUGUUAAGGAUGAACCAUUUUCUGUGAAAGGUGGACUGGCAUGGUCCUCAGACAGUAAGCAAAAUGAUUUGCAUAAAAUUUUUGAAAGGCAAUUCAAGAAGCACAGAAGACCAAAGGGCUUUUUUGAGAAUAGAAUAACUUGGGAAAAGUUACCGGUUUACCGUCUAGGUGGUGAGAAGGACAUCGGGUUUUCUCUUGAAAAAACUUCAGCGGGCACUUUUAAAUUUUUUAUUCACUUCCCCGAUUUCACUUCAGUAUUGCAGCAGGACGAGCCAGCCGUUAAGACAUUGAUGAAAAUCGGCAAAUCUUGGAUUGCCCCAUUUGGUGUGCAGAGUUUGUUUCCUAAAACAUUUGUUGACGCGUUCCGAGAAGAUUGUUUGACUAAAUCAUGGACGGUAUCUGUGAAUAUACCGUCUCUUGAUGCUGACUUAUUGGAACAUACCUCCUGUGAAGUCACUCAGACUUAUAUUCCUAAAAAGCUUCAGACAGAUGUUCACCUUCCGUCUGAUGAUGGGUUAAUAGUGACUAGCGAUAUCGUUAGAGAUCACAACCAUGGCUUGUCCCGAGAACAUGUGUUACGAAUUAGAUCAAUUUGCAGUUUAUUGGAGAAUACAUUCUGGAGCAGAAUAAACAAUGGGUCGGUUUUUGAUUUCCCGAUGUCCAGUAGAUCGUAUUAUCCAGUUGAAAUUGACAGCAGCCAAUCAAAACUUGAUUUCACGUUGAGGGAUAUCAUUAGAGAAUCAAGAAUUCUAACUGGUAUUUUGGUGGGGAAUUUUGGUGCGCUUAACCAACUCCCAUUACCGUACCUUAGACAAGGACGGGGUCAGACCGGUGAGAUGCACCGCUAUUGUAAAGAACGUAGAUCAAAAGGAAGUAUAUCUACGAGCGAUAGAAUUCUGGCAGAAAGCUUUCUCACCAACGAACGGAUAUCCAAGUUUCCUGGUCCAUAUGCGGGACUUGGUAUUGCUGAUGCUUAUGUCCAUAUAGGCAGUCCAUUCGAAGAUACUCUGAGUUUGUACUCUCAGUGGGUACUACGGGAGCAUCUUCAACGAAAGAAUAUGGUCACAAAUAAUGACGACGAGGCAGUUCUUAACAGAAACUUAUUACGUAAUAAGGAAAUCAGUUCUGCGUAUAUGGAAAGUCAAAUAUAUGCGCAAAGAGAUCUGGUAACUUACUUCUAUGAAAAAUUGAAGCGAUACAAUGCUCUCCGCCGACUAGAAGAUGAACUACGGGUGUCUAAUAAUUAUUAUAUUUUCCGAUGUGAGAUUGUUGAAGAUGCUCAGUUUCCAGAUAUGGCUAUUGCUUAUUGUCAUGAUUUGAACCUCUUGGUUGACGUGGUUCUUUAUCCCGAUAGCUCUGUGAGCUCGGGCGAUACCGUUUUAUGCACGGAAAUAAUCGAGCUUACGCCUGUGGAUGGUUUACUCGUCUUGGGCCUGUAA